AUGCCCCACGUAGCUGCUCGGCAAGGUAAUAAGCGAAAAGAUUCUAUAGGGGAUCCUGUAGGAAAUUCGUCUGCCAAAAGACCAGACCUUGAUGUUGAAAGGGAAGACUUUCAUCCUGAAGAUUUAUCCAAGUUUUCUGCCAAGGAAAUUCUUUAUGCAAUUCAACAGCGGAAUAAGGACCCAAUUAUCGAUCAAAUGCUCGAGGCAUUGGUAACAAAACUCCCGCAAGAGAUUUCAGAGGGAAUUGACGCUGAGAAGCGUGCCCGUAGCCUUGUAAUUUCUGGACUUCCUGAAGCACCGGUUGAUAUGCGUCCAUCUGCUAGGCAAGAUGACCUUGAGUCUAAAGUCUGCAAGCUACUCGACAUUCUAAGAGUAGAAUGCAGGCCUUUAGAAAUUUAUCGUUUAGGCAAAUUAGCUGAUUCUCGUCCGCGUCUAGUAAAGUUGGUUUUGCCAUCUAGAUCUCACUGGGCCACCGCGCUUUCAAACUCCCGAUUACUGCGCGAUUCGGAGUUCGCAAAUGUCUACAUACGUAAGAGCAUGACACCCGCUGAACGGAAACGUGAUUACGAGCUCAGAACGGAAUGCAAAGAACGUAACAAGCGUGCUAAUGCUCGCGUCUGGGUAUGGGAAACUUCUAAGCAGCCCUGGUUCUCUAAAGGCAUUAGCUGCCUAUUAUUCAAUUCCCGUAGCCUUUCUAACAAGAUACACCAUCUCCAUCUCCUACUUAGUACUGAUGAGCCAGACUUACUUUUCAUCACCGAGACUUGGCUUUCGACUAGGAUUUCCAGUUCUGAAAUUAUCGGCGGUUUCCCCUAUCAGAUUUUCAGACGCGAUCGUAAGGGCCGCAAAGGCGGAGGGGUUUGUUGUUUAGCUAAGAAUGGUUUGAAGAUUUCUUUGGGUACAGUUCCUCCUGACAUUAAAUCGGAUCUCCUUUGUCUUGAUAUCACCGAUUCCAUAUUUUCAAGAAAAAUCAGAGUAAUUUUGGUUUACCGGCCACCCAACUCUUCAGCAAAUGAUGAUGAUUGCCUGAUUGAGUCCUUAUUGGACGUGACCCUCACUCAGGCGCACCUAGUCCUACUUGGCGAUUUAAAUCUCGAGAUAGACUGGUCUACUAAUACUGCUAAGAGUUCGGGGUCUUCCAAAUUUCUCGAGUUUUUCAAAGCUGGUGGGUUCACCCAAAACGUUAUGGAACCUACUCGUGGCGAGUCAAUCCUCGAUAUUAUUCUAACAUCUACUCCUCUACUACGGUCUGUUUCAAUCAAGCCCCCUUUCGCUUCAUCAGACCAUAGUACUGUUGCCUUUCAAUUUCAAAUUCAAUCACCGCUCAAGAACAAUUUACCUUUCCCAAAUUUCAAUAAGGCUGACUACGGCGGACUAUCUUCCUACCUUAACUCAGUCAACUGGUGGGAGGUCUUCUGCGAUUACACUUCGGUCGAUGAUGUCUAUAACAGGUUCUGUGGAGUUGUUCAUUCGGGUUUGUCAAGAUUUGUUCCUUUACAGUCCCCACAGAUGCACAAGCAUCGUUACCCCAAGCAUCUGUUGAACCUUAUGUCUCAGAAAACUCGGUUGUUCCACACGCUACCCAGUGCCUUAACUGACCCUGUCUACAAAAAUUACUUCGAUGAUUCAGCCAAAGCUGAAGCUCUAGCUCAAUACUUUACCUCCGUAUUUGUUCCCCAAUCUAUUCCACUUGAUGAAGUUUCACCUUUACGUAAUACCUUUGAUUCCCUUUCAGAAAUUUCCAUUGAUCCACUAGACGUGCUACGCGUAUUAAAAUCACUGAAGUGUUCUACUGCUUUAACCAUUGAUGGAAUCCCGCAAAUU